UCGCCCGGUUUGGUUUUGCCCCUCCGGCCUGUGUCGUGCGCUCUUCGGGCCUCGUUGCGUCGGGAUGAGCUGCGCUCUUUCUCCAUGGAGACCAAGCGCCCUGAGAUUCCCGGCAGCGUCUUGGACGACCUGUGCAGUCGAUUUAUUUUGCACAUCCCAAGUGAAGAACGAGACAAUGCAAUUCGAGUCUGUUUUCAGAUUGAGCUUGCCCAUUGGUUUUACCUGGAUUUCUACAUGCAGAACACACCAGGAUUACCUCAGUGUGGGAUAAGAGAUUUUGCUAAAGCUGUUUUCAGCCAUUGCCCUUUUUUACUUCCUCAAGGCGAAGAUGUGCAGAAGGUUUUAGACGAAUGGAAAGAGUACAAAAUGGGAGUGCCAACUUAUGGUGCAAUCAUUCUUGAUGAGACCCUUGAAAAUGUGCUACUUGUUCAGGGUUAUUUAGCAAAAUCUGGCUGGGGUUUUCCAAAAGGAAAAGUGAAUAAAGAGGAAGCUCCUCAUGACUGUGCUGCCAGAGAGGUAUUUGAAGAAACCGGUUUUGAUAUAAAAGAUUUUAUUAAUAAAGAUGACUAUAUUGAAUUAAGAAUCAAUGAUCAGCUAGCACGAUUGUAUAUCAUCCCGGGCAUUCCAAAGGACACAAAAUUUAAUCCUAAAACAAGAAGAGAGAUUCGGAACAUUGAAUGGUUUUCAAUUGAUAAAUUGCCUUGCCAUAGAAAUGACAUGACACCGAAGUCAAAACUAGGUUUGGCACCUAACAAGUUUUUUAUGACCAUUCCCUUCAUCAGACCUUUAAGAGACUGGCUUUCUCGACGGUAUGGAGACUCUUCAGAUAGUGACAAUGGGUUCUCAUCCGCUAGUAGCAGCACACCACCUAAAUCCAGUAUAGAAAAACAGAGAUCCAAACUCCAUUAUAGUCAGCAGGUGUUUGCAGAUACACCCGUGGGAGACCAAUCAACAAGGCAGAGGCAAUUACAGCAACAAAAGCCAUAUAACAAUCAUUUGGAUAUGCCUGAAGCUUUAAAACUAAAGAAUGCACGAGGCAAUGGCAAAAAGCAGUAUCAAGAUAUUCCCAAUCAAAAAAAGAGAACAAAUGGAGUUCAGAAUCAGCCAGCCAAACAGAACCAAACUUUGGUAAGAUGCACAAAGAAAUGUGAAAAGAAGCACCCAAAGAAGCUUCAAGAUAAUUUUGAAACAGAAACAGCAUAUGAUUUGUGCUGUCUCAGUGAAGACCAGCAACUAGAACGUGGACAGUCGGUGUCAUGCAAUGGUCAUUGCAAGCUCUCUUUCUCCUCACGUGCUUUUCUGAGCUUCAAGUUUGACCAUGAUGCGAUCAUGAAAAAUUUUGAUCUCUGAAGCUUGGUUAUUUGCACAAGCUGGCUAGAGUCCUGACACAGAGCAAUUGAGUGGGUUUUUUAAAUCCAGCUUUUACAUUUUCUCAGGUUUUAAAGCAAUGCAGGGACCUAGUGGUGGACUGGAAGGUUUUGUUCUCAUUGUAAUAUGGGAAUAGCACCAAAUAGUGUUGCACUUUAAAUGCAGUCUAGCUUUUACCUGCAAAAAUGCUUUCCAGUAUAUCAUUUAGUAGUUCCUAGCUAUGCAUUAGUGGGCAUUUUAAACUCAUUUGUUGUGUGUCUAGAUUUUGGAGGAGUAUUUUACCCUUGCCCCGUGUUAACCUUUUACACAUUUAAAUUGCUCUGAUGUAUGAUAAUGGUUUUAUUUGUGAUACUUUGCGGUACAGCUGCUGAAAACACAUACAGAUUUUCUGAAGAAAACAAUAUUCUGUACUGAGCAAGGAGCUAGGUAUUUUAUGAUUCAGAAUGUUGAAACCUUUUGUUCUGAGAGAAUCGUUCUGCUUGGGAUCUUAUAUCAUUCAAAUCAAUUUAUUUUCCACAUCUUCAUUGUUGCACUGUAUUGGAACUUUUUUAAAAUAUAGGCAUGAUUUAAAAUUGUAUUACUAGUGUGAUAUUUUAUCUUACUUUCUGUUCAGUAGUUCCAUUGUUUCAGCUCCAGUGAGAAGAUGAUGGUGAUAUUGGAAUGUGUCUAAUAUAACUUUUACUGUUCCCCAUGUGUGAAAUGUCUAAAACUGUCUCCAACCAGAAUUGCAGGUAUUUUGAAAAAUAAAAUAUGAAAAUGUAUGUUUAGGGAGAUAAUUGUAACAGAUAGAACAAAUUAGUUUUGGAAGUAGUACAAAGAAAAAAACAUUGUAUGAAACUACGUGGCUUAUAGCUUCUGUGGGAUCCAAACUAAGGAAAAAAUACUCUAGCCCAGGGGUGUCAAACUCAGGCCCUGGGGGCCAGAUACGGCCUGCAGGGUGCUUUGAUCUGGCCCACUAGGCCGCUCUGGAAACAGUGAAGAAUUGGCCCGCGGUGCCUCUGCCAGCAAAAACGGAGCUCGGGAGGGCUGCGGGCAGCCCUCCCAAGCUCCAUUUUUGCUGGUAGAGGAUUGCAAGAGGCUGUCGCAGCUGAAAACGGAGUUUGGGAGUGCUUGGGCCACCACAGGUGCCCCCGAUAAGCUGGCCACGCCCACCCCAGCCCCACAAGGUCAAACACAAUCCUGAUGUGGCCCUCAAUGAAAUUGAGUUUAAGACCCCUGCUCUAGCCAGUCUCAAAGCCCUAUUAGUUAUACUGCCUAUGGCAGAAGUUUCAUGGAUGGUCUGAGGAGGCUUUCUAGUCUAAUGGAACUGUAGAGUUUAAAAUCUCCUAAAAGUAGUACAAGAGGGAAUUAACUAUACCAGCUUCACGUUGGCAGAACAGACAACCUGAAUCAGGAAAAAGGAGCAUCAUUGAAUCCAUUUUAUCCAAAAUUGGUUCUUCCCUCCCCCCUCAGAACACCAUAUGUUGAGACUGUGCAUUUACUGGCUAUAGAAACACCACCAGUUAACUCAGAAGGGUUUCCACAGUAAUGGAAUUGUUGGCAAAAGGGCACCCCCACCCUAGGCUAAUCCCUUCCUUCAAACAACCACAAGGGCUUUUGUUUGUACUGCUCACUAGGUUUCUAUCAUUUUAUUUCAGUAUUUUGGUCUGACUUAAAAUUGAGUUUGAUUUCAGAGUAAUAGCUCAAAAACACUUUGUGCUACUUCACUGAAAAUAUGGAACGGAAUAGCAACAAGCAAUAAAACCUGAACUUAUAGUCCUAGCCCAAAAUGCACUGAUGGAAUGUGUGUACAUACGGAUUGUAUAAAAACUGCUAUUGAAUUUUGUUUCCUCAGUGCUCUAGCCUUACUGUGACAGUUUGGAUUCACAGUAUUCACUGAGGUUUCUGAAAUUUAACUAGAAUAGGCUUGAAAGCCCAUUUGCAUGCAAAAUUCCUGCAAUAUACAGCUUCCCUUGUUAAAGGAUCAUACACUGAAAUUGAUAUAUAACUAUCGUAUCGUAAGCCUCUUCUUCAUAACAGCAAAAUAGGUGCAGAUUAAUUCCCAAGUAAGUUCAGUUUUCUUUAUUGAUCAUUUUGCAAAUAAUUGAAUUACAGACUAACCUAGUGGCUAUAUGCCUGCUUACUGCAUCCAGCAUUUAUUCAUAACAUGAAGUUAAUUGGAUAUCUGUUAAAAGUAAUAUAGUUGACAAACUGGUGACAAAGAUGCCAUAUUCUUUUGUUUAAUCUUCAUCUGUGAAAAUAAUUUUUUGGUCAGUAUUUAAUGCAGGUUGACUCUUGUAGUAAUAAAAGUGCCUAAUUUGCUAACUUCUCAAUCACUGAAAAUUGGAUUUUCAGGCUGCUAGUGCCAAUAUUCUUCUGAUGUGUACCUUGAGUUCCAGGAAUGUUACUGUUUUAUGCUGCUUCCUUUGUGUGGUGCCAUUAAUAAGGAACUUUGGCACAGUUACGUAUAUUUUGAAUAUGAGGUGCUUAAGUGAAAUUCUAGCAAUGUGAGAUUAAUUUUCCUAGGUAAAGUAACUUUUCUAGGGCACACAUUUCUUUCCUUUUGAAUAUAGAAAAUGUUUUCUGUUUUGCAGAUAAUAAUUUCUUAAGAGAAUCCAGUGUCUGACUACUACUUUAUUGAGGGCUUCCUAGAGACUCUAAGACUAAUUUUGGUUAUUAACCUAGCCUUAUACAGGUGGCAAAUUAACAUACAUGUGCAAUAAUUAUCACUUUUACCAGAUAUUGUACAUGGCUGUAUUCUUUAAUUUGACCUUAUCAUGUCUUAAAGUAUGGACAAUAAUAUAAUAGUUCCUGGGUGCCCUGCACUGUGAACGUUUCAGAUUGUUUACCUCUUCAGUUAGUAAUUAUGUUUUUAUUUUUUGCAAAGAGCUUAAAUAUUAUACUCACAUAUUCUAAAAUGCAGGCAUAUGGUUUUCUUAGGUUUCUAUAUAUCAGUGAAGAAAAGACAAUUCAUUGGCUGUAACUGAUUUUUGGUUCUCUAAUGGGGCAUUUUAAAGGAUGAAAAAUAAAUGAUCUGUGAAUGAGUCUGAACUCAUCUCCAUAAAAAAAAAAUACUGUUUGACUGUUGGAUUCUGCACUGCUGUUUAGCAGAGGGCAUGGCAAUUAGUAAUUUGUCACUUAAUUGAAUUAUUAAGUAUGUCCACUUGAAUCUUGUUUUUAUAGCAGACUUAACUUGAUCUUAAAUCAAGUUAAGUCUGCUAUAAAAACAUAGACUGUAAAAUCAUCUUUGGGGAGUAUUUCUAUGUGUAUUCUUAGUAAAGGUUUUGUUUUGUUCUUAACCUUUGUCUAUUCUGUUAGGGAUAUAUUUUGUGUGGCAUGAAGUUUCGUAUCUUUCUUUAGAUGCUUCUGAAAUGUUCAGAGAAAACAGAUUGAAAGAAAUAUUCCCGCUUCAAUUGUUCUUCAUUUUUUUCCUGGAUUUAUAGGCUAAAUUUACGCAGAAUUUUAAUAGAUUUGUUUUACAAUUGUGCAUGUUUGUUUCAAUUUAAACUUAGAUUUUGUUUCCAAGGCUGUCCAAUAUAUAAUGUAUCUAUCACACUGUCAAGUUAUGUAUUAAUAUAACCUUUUACCCAGUUUUUGCUUAUUAUCACAAAGUAGCAAGUGCUGAAUGAGUUAAUGAAUAUGUGCUUAAAGCAGCUUUUGACAUUUUUAAUCUAGAGGUGAUGGAUAAUGUAAGUGCCUCUCUUUGGUUUUUCAUUGCUGCCUGCCUGAAAUUGAUCAAUGACAUUCUUUCUGUCUGGUAGCAGUGUUGCCUCAGAUGCUAUUUUAAAUUUCAGAUCAAACAUUUUGUGAGCUUUUUCUGGUUAGAUGUGUAGAUUUUGAUUUUUCUAUGCUAGUUCAAGUGUGUGGAACAUGGAUAUUUUUGUAGCUAUUAAUCAUGAAGCACUCAGUUCAGAUGUUCUGCUCCUGCUUUCUUAUAUUUGAAUUCUUACACGUAUGUUUAAUCAUGUGCACUGUGAAGGCUUCCUUACAGGAAAGCUGCCUAUUACUAAAACCGAAAUGCGGUAUUCUUUUUCCAGAAGCAGGAAUUUGACUUAAACUGCUACUAUAUGCUGAAAACACUGAUGGAUGCAAAAUAUCCCCAAUGCUUAUAUUCAGUAUACAUUUCAUUAGUUCCUCCAAGUAUGUUUGUCAGAAACGAUGCAAGAAGAUCCCAUUUUUCUUACCUGGUUCUUAAUGGGUUUUGAAGUACACAUCCAGCUUUUAGUAUCACCAGAGAAUCAGUCUUUUCCUUCAGCGAUCAGGAUUCAUCUUUCACUUGUUCCGUAUGUUCAAGGAGAUUUUGGACUUUCCUUAAGCAACAAUAUCGCAUAUUAGAUGGCAGUCAUUUUUUAAACCAAGGGAUGUUUCCAAAGUAAUUUUUUAUGUGAAAAAAAUUUCUAAUGCAGUUUUGUAUGUGUGUGUGGGGGGUGGAGGUGGAUGAAAAUACUGCUGGACACAUACAAGCUUUUUGGUGUGAUAAAAGUAAUUAUUAUUUGGUUAAGAAACAUCAUAAAUGAGAACUAAAACGAACCUGUAAGUUUAGAAAAAUAAACUGCAUUUUGGAGUCCUGUUUUGAAAUGAGUUUUUCUGAAGUUGUUUUGUUAAUGUAAUUUAAUGUUGUGUAAAAAAUAGCUUUUUGCAACAUAUUGUAAAAUGUUGUAAAAUCAUUUUUUCUAUUGGUAAGUCAGUUAAGUAGUCCAGUGUCGUAAAAUGAAUAUUCAGUAUGCAUUGUGGCUUAUUUCUAGAAAAUGUAAAAAUCUUUCUAUAAUGGCAGAUAUAUCAGUGGAAAUAUAAAUUUGAUGUCCAAAUUAGUUUUUUUAAAAUCAUAGUUUAUUCUUUAAAGAUCAAUCUUAAUUCAUGGUAGUGAGUGGUCUCUCAAACAUGCUAAGGUGUUUUUGUUUUUAAAUAAAGCAAUUGUUAAUAUUCACUGUUAUAUCAUAUAAAAGAAUAACACUGCAAUAGUAAUAGCUUGUUUUUGAUGAGAUGGCAAUUAAAAUUAUAACCGAAAAUGCAGUAGUAGUGGGUAAUAAGAACCCAUUUGGGAAUUUGGAUUAUUAUUUCACAGUAAUCUAAUAUUUUUGGUUUAAAUAUCUUUAGACCUAUGGAAGAUUUGAGGCAAUGGACACUGCAGAUUUUUGCAAUCAUUAAUUUUUGUUGUUUUACCAUUUUUAACAGCAAGAAAGUUUGGUCCUGACCAAAAUGAGGAACAGGGGGGUUGGUUAGCAGAGUAUUUCUUCUAUUAUAUGUUAGAGGAUAGAAUUUUUUUCCAUUUAUAUUUUUAAAAUAAAGCAAGAUUGUCUUUGAAAUAUAAUCAGAUGCCAAGUAUCUAAUGUGUAUGGUUUUGUAUGUUCACCAAGAUAAUUUGUAUUUUGAAAAGAAACAACUAUAAGAAUGGGACUUGUGGUAACAAAUAAUUUGAAAUACUAUGUUUCUGAACUGCAAGACUGUAGUACGUUGCUUGGACUUUAUAACUGACAUAUUGCAUAGAAGCUGCAACUAACAUUUACAUACAUUAACAUAUAUUAAAUGAUAGCAGUAUUUAAAUUGUAAACCAUCCUUCUCAAGCAUCUUGCCCUCUAGGUUGCAAUGCCAUCAGUGUCUUUAUUACUUCCUGGAUCUUCUUAUAUGUUUUCCAUUUAUAUUUUUAAAAUAAAUCAAAAUCGUCUUUAAAAUAUAAUCAGAUGCCAAGUAUCUAAUGUGUAUGGUUUUGUGUGUUCACCAAGAUGUAUUUUGAAAAGAAACAACUAUAAUGUUACUACAUUUAGCUGAACUUGCUCAGAAAUUUCCUGGAUUAUUUUCUGAAUAAUUUUCCUGGAUAACUUUCUUAUUCUUGAUUGCAGGAUGCCUUUCUGCUCAACAGGAAGAUAGCAUAUUUUGCAAUAAAGAUAUACAAUGGAA